GAUGUUUUUACAUAGAUUAAAAAGAAAAUUGAUUGAAGUAGGAGAAUAGAAUUUGUAGAGAAAUUAGAAGCAGAAUAUAAAGAAAAAUAACAAAGUAAUAAAAAAAUGAAGGAUAGAAAAAUAAAAAGUCUUGAUUAAUAAUUC